AAGAAAACAGCAACAGAAACUGACACCAACAAUGAAACAGGAAUAUUAAGUCCCCGAUACAGUGACCACUCCGCCAGCUCCGGGCUGGCGGACCCCACGGGAAGCGCGCGCGGGCUUAUAGAGGCGCCGGGCCGGCAGCCGCGGGGGCGCAGAGCGGGCGGCGCAGCGCCGGCGAGCCCAAGGGGAGGGUCCGCGGCGCAUCCAGUCUCCACAGCCGCCCGCGCACAGCGCAGCUCGCGAGCGGGACGCGGCGCUCGGAGCCCGGCAGCGUCCGCCCUCCCUUCCGCGUCGCCUGCCAACGCGCCCGCGCCCGCUCCGCCCGUGACUUCAGUUCAGCUCCACCCCCGCGUGGCGGCGGCUAGCUCUGUCCGGACCCGCGCUCGGCACCAGCCCAGCCUGGGCGAGCGGCCGCCACCUGCCCGGCGCCGCCUCCGCCCUCCCUAGCGCGGCCCAACUUGGAUGGAGUUGGGGUCCUGAGCGCCUGUCCCCCCACAGCCGGCCAGCGGAGAGCCCCGCGCCGCCACCUUCAGUUCGGGACCCCCUUUCCCGCUCCUCUCCGCUCCCGCGAUGGGAAAAGUUGGCGCCGGAGGCGGCUCCCCAGCCGGGCUGAGCGCGCUCCUCGCCGGCGCGGGGCUCUUGGUCCUCUGCGUCCCGGGCGCCUGCUGCGGCGGCUCCUGCUGCCCCCAGCUGCACCCCAGCUCGGCCCCACGUUGGGUUCCGACCACAGGGGGCUUUUUUCACCAGGGGCCUCCAGGCAGGGCUCCUGCCACGCCCCUGCCCCUCCUUGGGCGCCCCCUGUUCGCAGUGGCCCCCGGAGACCGAGCGCUGUCCCUGGAGCGGGCCCCGGGCCCCGGGGCGUCCGUGGCCGUUGCUCCACGCUCGGUCCGGAGGAGACGGAGUGGAGCGGAUCAGAAGGCAGAACAAGGAGAGGGCGCGAGUAGGAACCCCAGGAGAGUGCUAAGGGACGGAGGGCAGCAGGGGCUUGGGACUCUGGAGCGGGACCCAGACAAAGCCACUCGCUUCCGGAUGGAGGAGCUGAAACUGACCAGCACCACGUUUGCGCUGACAGGCGACUCCGCACACAACCAAGCUAUGGUCCACUGGUCUGGCCACAACAGCAGCGUGAUUCUCAUUUUGACAAAGCUCUAUGACUAUAACCUGGGGAGCAUCACUGAGAGCUCACUUUGGAGGUCAACCGAUUAUGGGACAACCUAUGAGAAGAUGAAUGACAAAGUUGGGUUGAAAACAAUUUUAAGCUAUCUCUAUGUGUGUCCUACCAACAAGCGUAAGAUUAUGUUACUCACGGACCCAGAGAUCGAGAGCAGUUUAUUGAUCAGCUCAGAUGAAGGUGCGACCUAUCAGAAGUACCGGCUGAACUUCUACCUCCAGAGCUUGCUUUUCCACCCCAAGCAAGAGGACUGGAUCCUGGCAUACAGCCAAGACCAAAAGUUAUACAGCUCUGCUGAAUUUGGGAGAAGGUGGCAGCUUAUCCAGGAAGGGGUUGUACCAAACAGGUUCUACUGGUCCGUGAUGGGAUCAAACAAGGAACCAGACCUUGUGCAUCUCGAGGCCAGAACUGCGGAUGGCCACUCACAGUACCUCACGUGCCGAAUGCAGAACUGCACAGAGGCCAACAGAAAUAAACCUUUUCCAGGCUACAUUGACCCAGACUCUUUGAUUGUCCAGGAUGAUUAUGUGUUUGUGCAGCUGACAUCAGGAGGACGGCCCCAUUAUUAUGUGUCCUACCGGAGGAAUGCGUUUGCCCAGAUGAAGCUGCCCAAGUAUGCUUUGCCCAAGGACAUGCACGUCAUCAGCACAGAUGAGAAUCAGGUGCUCGCAGCCGUGCAGGAAUGGAACCAAAAUGACACGUAUAACCUCUACAUCUCAGACACACGGGGUGUCUACUUCACCCUGGCCUUGGAGAAUGUCCAGAGCAGCAGAGGCCCUGAAGGCAAUGUCAUGAUCGACCUCUAUGAGGUAGCAGGGAUAAAGGGAAUGUUCUUGGCUAAUAAGAAGAUUGACAACCAAGUGAAGACUUUCAUCACGUAUAACAAAGGCAGAGACUGGCGUUUGCUUCAGGCGCCGGAUACGGAUUUAAGGGGGGACCCCGUGCACUGCUUACUGCCUUACUGCUCACUCCACCUUCACCUUAAGGUCUCUGAGAAUCCCUACACAUCAGGGAUCAUUGCCAGCCGAGACACAGCUCCCAGCAUUAUAGUGGCUUCAGGUAACAUAGGUUCUGAAUUGUCGGACAGCGACAUCAGCAUGUUUGUCUCCUCAGAUGCAGGGAACACUUGGAGGCAGAUCUUUGAAGAAGAGCACAGUGUUCUGUAUCUGGAUCAAGGUGGAGUCCUGGUUGCUAUGAAGCAUACGUCUCUCCCGAUUCGACAUCUCUGGUUGAGUUUUGAUGAAGGGAGAUCUUGGAGCAAAUAUAGCUUCACAUCUAUUCCACUUUUCGUGGAUGGGGUUCUGGGUGAGCCUGGGGAAGAAACUCUCAUCAUGACAGUGUUUGGACACUUCAGCCACCGCUCUGAGUGGCAGCUGGUCAAAGUGGACUACAAAUCCAUCUUCGAUAGACGGUGUGCCGAGGAGGACUACAGGCCAUGGCAGCUGCACAGCCAGGGGGAAGCAUGCAUCAUGGGAGCAAAACGGAUUUAUAAGAAGCGAAAAUCAGAGCGGAAAUGUAUGCAAGGAAAAUACGCAGGAGCUAUGGAAUCUGAACCCUGUGUCUGCACAGAGGCCGAUUUUGACUGUGACUAUGGUUACGAGCGACACAGCAAUGGUCAGUGCCUGCCAGCAUUUUGGUUCAAUCCAUCUUCUCUGUCGAAGGAUUGCAGCUUGGGACAGAGUUAUCUCAACAGUACUGGGUAUAGGAAAGUGGUUUCCAAUAACUGCACCGAUGGAGUGAGAGAACAGUACACCGCCAAGCCGCAGAAGUGUCCGGGGAAGGCCCCUCGGGGGCUCCGGAUUGUCACCGCGGAUGGAAAGCUGACAGCAGAACAAGGGCACAAUGUUACUCUCAUGGUGCAAUUGGAAGAGGGUGACGUUCAGAGGACAUUCAUCCAAGUGGACUUCGGCGAUGGCAUCGCAGUGUCGUACGUCAACCUGAGCUCCAUGGAAGAUGGGAUCAAACACGUCUAUCACAAUGUGGGCAUCUUCCGAGUGACCGUGCAGGUGGACAACAGUCUCGGGUCUGACAGCGCCGUCCUGUACUUACAUGUAACUUGUCCCCUGGAGCAUGUCCACCUGUCUCUUCCCUUUGUCACCACAAAGAACAAAGAGGUCAACGCGACUGCCGUGCUGUGGCCCAGCCAAGUGGGCACCCUCACUUACGUGUGGUGGUACGGGAACAACACAGAGCCCUUGAUCACCUUGGAGGGAAGCAUAUCAUUCAAGUUUACUUCCGAAGGGAUGAACACCAUCACGGUGCAGGUCUCCGCGGGGAAUGCCAUCCUGCAGGACACCAAGACCAUCGCCGUGUAUGAGGAAUUUCGGUCUCUCCGCCUGUCGUUUUCUCCAAACCUGGACGACUACAACCCGGACAUCCCCGAGUGGAGAAGGGACAUCAGCCGAGUCAUCAAAAAGUCCCUGGUGGAAGCCACGGGGGUGCCACCCCGGCACAUCUUGGUGGCGGUGCUCCCCGGCUUACCCACGGCUGCUGAGCUCUUUGUCUUGCCGUAUCAGGAUCCGACAGGAGAAAACAAAAUGUCAGCCGAGGACCUGGAGCAGAUCGCAGAGCUGCUGAUCCACAAGCUCAACCUGAACUCGGUGCACUUUGAGCUGAAGCCCGGGGUCCAAGUCCUUGUCCACGCAGCCCACUUAACAGCAGCCCCACUGGUGGACUUGACUCCCACCCACAGUGGAUCCGCCAUGUUGAUGCUGCUGUCCGUGGUAUUUGUGGGGCUGGCCGUGUUCGUCAUCUACAAGUUUAAGAGGAAGAUCCCGGGGAUUAAUGUUUAUGCCCAGAUGCAGAAUGAGAAAGAACGAGAGAUGGUCAGUCGAGUCAGUCCCACUGAAAGCAGGCCCCAUAUCCCUCAGACUGACCUAAGGAGGCCUGGCCAGCUCAUAGAUGAGAAGGUGGAAUCACAGCUCAUAGGAGAGUAGCUUUACCCACCCCUCCCUCCCCUUCUACUCAACCUGGUGACUCAUCUCUCCGAUUGCAAAGAGCAAGACAAGCCACUCCACCUUCAACGCCAAAGCGGGGAUCUGCUGGGGCACAAUUUGCAAUUUAAGGAAAGCCCCAAAGGCUGCAGGAGACCUGCUGAUCAGGAAAGAAUUUCGCUCUUGUCAAGUGCAUCAUCCUUCAUGACCACUAACUCUGUGUUUUCUUUUUUUCCUUUGUUGUUCUGUUUCCUAUUUUGCCAGGAAGUAUUUCCAUAGUUGCUGAGAAUCAAAGCACAAAAGAAAUCCCUACCUAUGUAAAUGUUUGAAUGGAGGACGCCAGUAAAAACAAAAACAAAAACAAAAAUAAAAUAAAAACAAUCAAAAUCCAAACAAACAAACAAACAAAACACUCACUGCAUCGGGACUUUUUAAUUCUUCUGACACAGACAACAAGGGUUUUUAGCUUUAAGCCUGUGCAUGUGGACUACACGUUGAGAACACGCUGGGAGGGGCAGUGUACAGGUGCUCUAUUUUAAUGGAAAAAACACUCCCCUCCCCCUUUCUCCUCCUCUCUUUUCUGAUCGGUCGUGUUUGUAGAGAAUUCAUAACAUAUAUAGGCCAAGGAGACCUGCAUGUAUUUUUGGAAACAUUCUUGGCUCUCGGUUUCACAGCUAUUUUAGCACUAUUGGCUGACGGGUGGAUUAGCCACCCCAGCCCCUUUCACAAGACACAAUGACAUGCACAGGAGUUGGAAACCCUGAGCUGUUUCUCUGUUCCAUUGUCUCAUUUUCCCCUUCCAAGUUAUCUGGUAGCUCUGUUGGCCAGUGGUGGCCACAAGGCUGCUCUCUGCAUCCUGUGUGGCCACAGGGGACAAAGAAGCCAGUUGAAGUUCUGUAUAUGCAGGCAGCGUAGGGAAGGGAGGCAGGUGGGGGCAGUGGGUGGGGGGCAAGCAUGUCAGACGUGGACCCGUGUUUCCUCUUCACCCCUUCCCAUCGUGACCGCUUCCCCUUGAAGCUCUUGCCUACUCCUGCCCAAUUUAUGUAAAAAACAGAACCCUGGUUACCCACCGUCUCACCUUCCCAUUUGUUUGCUCUCCAUGUGUGGUCAUGGCCUGGUGAUAUCUUUGUAUCUCUUUCUUCCAAUCCCCAAGUUACCCUUCAACUGUUCCUACCUUUUCUUCCCAAACAUGUUGCUAGAUUCUGGGCACUAACCCUGACCUUCCCUAAGGAUCGGCCUAGUCUCCGCCUACCCUGCCUCCACCACCCACACAUUUCUGAUCUCCACCCCGAGCAUGGCAGCCUUCGUACACGCUGACCAAGCUGUAUCCUGCCCUGCAGGGCUCAGCUCCAUGUACCCCCUGCCUCCUCCUGUAGAACCUGCCUCUUCCCAACAGCCUUGUCCUUUCCCACCUGGAAACAUAUCAUGUGUGUGAAUGAGCUGAUAUAUAUAUAUAUAUAUAUAUAUAUAUAUAUAUAUAUAUAUAUAUAUAUGCAAAGCAAUUCAAACCUGGCCAGGUACUGUGGAAAAGAAAGCAUUCAGAUGAAUAGGGGCAUCCUCGCACCUUAACAAAACUCGCGUGCAGUCUGAUUCUAGAAGAUUCUUGUGAGAAAUGUUUUGGACAUGUUACUAUAGGGCAGGGUGAUUCCCUCCUGUGAUGGUUGCUGUGCCCAGUAUUUCCCAGUAGAGUAAAACUAUUUGUAAAAUAAAACUGUUUAACCAGAAGAAGCAGGUUAAUGGAUUUAAUGUUCAAGAGAAUCAAAAAGUCUGAGAACAUACGGAGUGUUGCCAUGGAUUAGAACGAGAUUUUGAUCGUGUCGGAUGACCCCAGAUCACAUGUGUGCGCUCUGAUUUCUGAGUGUCACAGUAUCAGCAAAGGCAAAAUGAAUAAGCGUAAAGGGGAGAAGUUAGUUGACUAACUGAAGCGGAUUGUCUCAAAGCAGGAAGACAUUCCCCUUUUCCCAGGGCAACCAUGAAAGAGGCCCAGAGAAAGAAGGAAAUAAGUGUAUGGCCAGCAGAAGCUCUUGGAGUAUUAUGAAUUGGGCAAAGCCCACUCUAAAAUAUAGAAGAAAACAGUUUUGAAAAACCACUCAGAGAGCACAGGCUCCUUCUUGGUCAUGUCCCCAAGCCAACAUGAGGGUGUCACAGAGCCCUGGUGAUGAAAUAGGGUCCCAGUGUUCUAAAGAUCCUGACCACCCCUGCCCUUAGGUAGCCCGGGCAGGGGAAGAGUAGCAAAGCUGACGUCAGAAGUUACUCAAGCAGAAGGUUUUUUGUUGUUGUUCAUUUUUUAUGGUUGAAUAUACCUAGUGUGAAUCUGGGAAAUGGGUUAUGCCUGAGGCAGCCAUACCUAUUUGUCGAACUCAAUUGAACCCUGGCCUGCCAGGAUUCCUGUCUCACAGGAAAUAUCCUCAUUGAUUCUCUUCAGUUGGAGCCUCCCAAAUUUAAUCUGGAAGAGAAAGUGUUUGGUAACCAAAAGAGGCUCACUCCAAGCAGCACAGGGAGUCCUCUGCGCUGCGGCUCAAUUAAUUUUAAUUGGAAAAUGAUGAAGAAGGGAAUGACACUCUUAAUCUAGCACAGUGCCUUGCCUAGAGUAGGUCUGAAGAAAAUUACUUGUUGAAGGAAUAAAUGAAUGGCUACGUGGGAAGACUUAGGGAUGAACGGGCUGGUGAGCCCUAACGAAAAAUAGAGGUGGACAUGAGGUGCCUGGCAUUUUGGAAAGGGACCAGAGAUGGCCAGCUCUAGAUUCAGCAUCUCAAGGGUCCUCAUGUGCCUCUCCUCCAAGCUCCCUUCCACCUGUAGGAGAUGAGUGAGGCGAGGUACUACUCAGAGGGGACCUCACUGUUUUUAUGAUCUAGCUCCGUGGUCCUCGAAAUGUGGUACCCGGACCAGCAGUAUCAGCAUCACCUCAGAUUUGUUAGAAAUGCCAGUUUUGGGCCCUUACCCUAGACCUACUGAAAUCAGAAACACCAGGGGUGGGGCCCAGCAAUCUGUUUUUACAAGCCCCUCAGGUGGUUGUGAUGUACACGGUAGUUUGGGAACUGCUGCACUGGACCAUUCCAGCUCAGUCCCAAAGAGAAGGCAGGGAUGAGAGCCUACAGAGGGAGGGACCCAAGUGCCUACCUACUCGCUAACAGCAGGUGCAAACACAAUGCAGAGUUUGGUGGGCUUGAGGCCAGAGGAGUGGGUGGGGAGGGAUGGUUGUAGAAGGUAAGAUUCAGAGCAAGCUAAAAAUCUAAUAUUGCAACGUUUUCCAAAAUCCCAGAAGGCAAAUUGUGCAUGCUCUCCCCUGAACUACCCAACCAACAUUUCCUCCUUUGCCUUAUUCCUAAUUGGACUCCCCACCCAAAAUGCAGAGGUUUGCUUUGCUUUUUUAUCAGAAGUUCCAAACAGCAACUUUGAGAGCAAUGGGGUACUUGGCAGCUGUUCUGUGUUUUCCAGGAUUCCAACUGAAAUCCCUCAUUUGCCUACUUAUUUUUAUAGGAAGCCAAUUAAAAAAAAGUUUUCUUAUAGUAUUGGAACUACUUCUAAUUUUAAAAUGACUUUUUGAUGUAUUUUUUUGUUAAAUACGAUGUAGUGUAAUGUAUAAUUGCUAUUGUUUAUUGCUUUUACAAUCAUAUUUAUUAAACAGAUAAUGUCUCUAAA